UGCAGAUAGGAUUCCCGGCAUUGUUUGCUGGAACUCAUUCUUUUUGUUUAGUUUAGAGGGAAUUGCUUUGUUCUCUUUUAGAUCUUUUCAGAUAGAGAGAGAGGAUAGAUUCAGUAGCAGGAGUUUGGAUUUGUUAGUGGCUAGACUUGGUCCUGCGUCCACUAUAUAUCCCGUUCUUCAACUAGCUAGAAAACAAAUGAAUGCCAUGUUGAUGCUUCAUGGUUAGAUUAUUUCUUGACCGAUCGUUGUCUUGCCCUGCCCUUGCCCUUGCCCUUACCCUUGCCUAAGAUUCUUUUGCAACUACGUUAGAAUCCGGCAACAUCAAAACACAAAAGAAAUGAAGUCCAUGAACAAUGAUGAUGAUAACAAUAACCAUAAUGCAAAUUGGUUAGGCUUCUCUUUGUCCCCUCAAAUGAAAAUGGAGGUUCCAUCAGGUGCUGGUCACCAUCACCAAACACAGCCUCCCUCUGCAGCUAUUCCUACUGCAAUCCCAACAGGUUUUUUCCACUCCCAAUUACCACAACUCAACUAUGGCAUUUACUAUGGCGUUGAUGAUCAGGGUGAACAUGGAGGGUUCUACUCUCCUUUGCCUGUUCUGCCACUCAAGUCUGAUGGCUCACUUUGUAUGAUGGACGCUCUCACAAGGACACAGCCUCAAGCAACAAUGGUAACUACUUCAACACCAAAACUAGAGGACUUCUUUGGUGGUGCAACUAUGGGGACCCAUCACUAUGAAAGCAAUGAUAGAGAAGCUAUGGCUCUUAGCUUAGACAGUAGUCCUAGUAUGUAUUAUCACCAAGACCCAGAUCAUGAGCCCAAUAACCAAAAUUGUCUAAACCAUCUUCAACAAAACCCCAGACAGCAGCAGCAUCAACACAUCCAGGUUCAGCACUACCCAUGUUACUCUAACUUUAGGAACAACGAGAUGUUAGUAGGAGAGGAUGCUAAACAAAUGGCUCAGGCGUCAGAUUGCAGCCUUAAGCUUCCAAACAUGGGAGAUGAUGGGAUAACUGGCAUGAAGAAUUGGGUUUCGAGAAACUAUCAAGGUAACCAUGCCAUGGAGCAGAAGAUGCUUAGAUGCAUGGUAGAAAAUGGAGGUGAAUCUGGGCCAAAUAUUAGCGCAAUGGCAUAUGGGGAUUUGCAGUGUUUGAGCUUGUCAAUGAGCCCUGGCUCCCAGUCAAGCUGUGUUACUGGUUCUCUGCAAGUCUCACCUUCUGUGAAUGACUGUGCAGCCAUGGAAACCAAGAAAAGAGGACCUGGAAAGGUGGAUCAGAAGCAAAUUGUUCAUAGGAAGUCCAUUGAUACAUUUGGGCAAAGAACUUCUCAAUAUAGAGGUGUUACAAGGCAUAGAUGGACUGGGAGAUAUGAAGCUCAUUUAUGGGACAACAGUUGCAAGAAAGAAGGUCAAAGCAGGAAAGGAAGACAAGUUUAUCUGGGGGGUUAUGAUAUGGAAGAAAAAGCUGCAAGAGCUUAUGAUCUAGCUGCACUCAAGUAUUGGGGACCCUCUACUCAUAUCAAUUUUCCUCUGGAAAAUUAUCAAAAUGAAAUUGAAGAAAUGAAGAACAUGACUAGGCAGGAGUAUGUUGCUCAUUUGAGAAGGAAGAGCAGUGGAUUCUCUAGGGGAGCUUCAAUGUACAGAGGAGUUACAAGACACCAUCAACAUGGAAGAUGGCAAGCUCGGAUUGGAAGGGUUGCCGGAAAUAAGGACCUUUAUCUAGGAACAUUCAGCACCCAAGAGGAAGCAGCUGAAGCCUAUGAUGUUGCUGCUAUAAAAUUUCGUGGAGUUAAUGCUGUGACCAACUUUGUCAUAACAAGAUAUGAUGUGGAACGAAUCAUGGCUAGCAGUACACUUCUAGCUGGGGAACUAGCCAGGCGAAACAAGGACAUAGGACCUUGUGAUGAUGCUUCUACGAAUCACAGUAUUCCUUCUACUCAUAACAGCAAUGGGGAAUCCCUGCCCUCACAGAACAGUGAAAACGAGUCAGACUGGAAAAUGGUUCUCUAUCAAUCAUCACAACAGCAACUGGAUCACAAAGCCUCAAAUGUUAUGGAUAAUUACAAAACUCAGGCUUUCUUAUUGUCCCCUGAAAAUGUAAUUGGAAUUGAUUGCAUGAGCUCAGUUCACCAGCACGAGUUCGAAGACUCAUCCAAGAUGGGAGCUCACAUGUCAAAUGCUUCUUCAUUGGUGACCAGUUUAAGUAGCUCUAGAGAAGGAAGCCCUGAUAGAGCAAGCCUGCCAAUGCUCUUCGGAAUGCCGCCCUCAGCAGCAUCCAAGUUGUUCACGAGUCCAAAUGGUGAUGUCAACUCUUGGAUCCCAUCAGCAGCAGCAGCCCAAUUGAGGCCUGCAGUAUCAUCCUUGCCUCACGCCCCAGUAUUUGCUGCUUGGACAGAUGCGUAGGACUUGCGAUGCAAAGGGUUUUUUUGCAAACAGGUUUCCAAAGAAAGAGAUUGGUUUUUAUUUGGGUUUUCUUUUAGUUAAAUUAAACGACACUUGGGUGCAUGGGACCUUUGUUCACGAACAAGAGCUUCAAAUAUUCAAACUCUUCCUUUUCUUGACCUUAAUGGUGGAGGGAAGCUUUUAAAAACAAUAUGAUUGGAGUCUAUGGAAUGAUUUGUGCAA